CUAUGGUUAAUAAUGACCAUAACCAACCUCCUCGCCUUUCAUCUCCUCGACCCUUCAAUACGACCCUUUAACACAGCCGUGUCGCCACUCGCAAAAGUCCGUCACAUACGAAAUAGUAUGCAGCGGCCUCUUAGACGCCAGAUACAGCUUUACGAUUACUGUCGCGGUUCUUCUUAACACGGACCAUUCAAGCAACUGUGCGUGUGACUUCACCGCUACUCUCUGCUUCUUGAAACUGAUAAGGUUAGCUAGAUAUUUGUUCACGAUGCGUCUCGCAACAUUCCUACACCUCACCGUCGCGUCGCUAGGACUGGCCUCAGCCAUCCCGUCGCCCUCGCCCUCACCCUUGCCCUCACCCUCACCGUCCCCCUCCCCGCCCACGCCCCGCCCCACCAACAUCACGCAAGCGCUUUUUGACGAAUUCACCUCGCUCUCGGAGCUGGUGGACAUAGCGUACUGCGUGGGGACACUCAACAGUGGAAUCGACGUACCUUUCACGUGCCUCAGCUACUGCGCGCACUUCCCGUCUCUGACGCUGAUCAAAACGUGGAACACGGGGCUCAAAUUGUCGGACUCGUGCGGCUACAUCGCGCUCUCCCCCGGCGACCGCCGUAUAAUCGUCGCCUUUCGCGGUACUUACAGUCUCAUCAACGCGCUGGCAGAUCUGUCCCUCGCGCGCCAGGAGUAUCUGCCCUAUCCAGACGCGGAGUGCAAUGGGUGUACCGUCCAUGCCGGGUUCCUCGAGAGCUGGGGGCAGACCGAGAAGAUUAUUGGCGGGGUGCUGGGGGAUUUGCUACAGCAGUAUCCCGGGUACAAGCUGGAGCUCGUGGGACACAGUCUUGGAGCGGCGGUUGCGGCGCUGGCCGCACUGGAUUUUGCGGGGAGAGCGUGGAACGCGGAUAUCCGGGUGACUACGUUUGGAGAGCCGAAAGGCGGGAAUAAGGAGUUCGCCGGGUUCCUGGAUAGGCGAUUCGAUAAUACCUCGUACCGCCGGAUAACGCACAUCAACGACCCCGUUCCCCUCCUCCCGUUCGAAAGCUUGGGCUAUCACCACCACGGCCACGAGUACUACAUCUCGGCACCGCACCUUCCAUGCACGAUCGAAGACGUGGUCAAGUGCGAGGGCGGCGCGGAGGAUCCGAAUUGUGUUGCGGGGACAAACUUUAGCAUGUUUGGAUCUUUGAUGGGCCAUCGGGAUUAUUUCCACAGGUUGGGAUUGUGUUUGCCAGAGCAGUGGAGUGGGAGGAGGGGGAGGAGUGAGGAGUUGUAAUGGGCGGGGGAACUGGAGAAUGAGCUGUAAUAGUGUGUUGGAGUUUUGGAGUUUUGGAGUUGUAUUAUGCAGAAUAGUAAUUCGAUGUAUCAGUACUUUUGGUGGGUGUGCAAAUACAGGAACCAUCUACAUUAC